ACACCGCUAGUUGUCAUGGCGAUGGAGUCAGCCUCUGCCUCCGCGUCGGCUCCAGGGGUUGUUGCCAUGGAGAUGCCGGUGCGAGGUGCGCUGGCGGUGGUUGAGGAAGACGAGGGCUGCACCGCUCCGCAGCAUCAGCCGGGGUCCGAGGAGCGAUACCGGUACCGCCGAGGAGCAGGAGGAGGGAGACGGCGGCGCGGUGUGCCUUUCAACCGGAGCGAACACUACAUGCUGAUAGUGAUCGGAGAGAUCGGCACCGAGCUCCAGCUGGACGCAGCCAGAGCGCACAUAGAGCGGGGAAUUCGAUCCUGGGACGUCGACCUCAAGAGCUGCGACCUUGAUCAGCAGCUGCAGCUGUUUAUAACUCGACACUCUGCCCACUUCUCCUCCGAGGUCAGAGGACAAAGAACUCUCCACCACAGAAGUGAUGUCCUAGAGACCGUGGUCCUUGUCAACCCUUCAGAAGACACCGUUGUAAUAGAGAUCCAGUCUCUAGUCACAGACUCAGCAGGACACAAGCUUCUGGUCUUGAGUGGACAGAGCUCAGAUCACGGUGGCCUUCUUCUCCAAACUGGGGUUUUCACCUACCAGACCUUUUCACGUGUCUUUGCUGAUCCUGGGGUCAGUGAAUUGCUGGGCACCACAGCUCCCAAGCAGCAGGCUACACUCACUGUGUCCUGCCGCGGGGAGGUGGGCUGGAGCUCCCUAGGACAGCAGCAGACCCUGCAGGACUUUCUGGAAUACAAACUAAACCCUGAGACUGUACUUCCCAAGAUGGAGGGCGUCACCGAGUUCACAGAGUACAUCUCUGAGACGGUGGACGUCCCCUCGCCUUUCGACCUCCUGGAGCCUCCCACAUCCGGAGGCUUCCUGAAGCUGUCCAAGCCGUGCUGCUACAUCUUCCCCGGCGGACGAGGAGACUCCGCUCUCUUCGCUGUGAAUGGCUUCAACAUCCUAGUAGACGGAGGUUCUGACCGGAAAUCAUGCUUCUGGAAGCUGGUUCGUCACUUGGACCGCAUCGACUCGAUGCUACUCACACACAUUGGCGCCGACAAUCUCCCAGGAGUCAACGGGCUGCUUCAGAGGAAGAUAGCGGAGCAGGAUGAGGAUCAGUCUCAAGACUCCACCAACUAUAGCGACUGGAUGAAGAACAUGAUCUCUCCUGAACUAGGUGUGGUUUUCUUCAACGUGCCAGAGAAGCUCCGCAUGCCAGAAUCUAAUCUCAAAGUGAAACGCAGCAUCGAAGAGGCCUCCCUGACUCUGCAGUACCUGAACAAGCUAGGAAUCAAACCGGAGCCUCUCUUUCGAGUGGUCAGCAACACCAUUGAGCCCAUUACUCUGUUCCACAAGAUGGGAGUGGGCAAGUUAGACAUGUAUGUUCUCAACCCUGUCAAAGACAGUAAAGAGAUGCAGUUUUUAAUGCAGAAGUGGGCCGGCAACAGCAAGGCCAAGACUGGUAUUGUGCUGCCCAACGGGAAAGAAGGAGAAAUAUCUGUGCCCUACCUGACAUCAGUUACAGCCUUAGUCGUCUGGCUUCCUGCCAACCCUGCAGAAAAGAUCAUCAGAGUGCUGUUCCCUGGGAAUGCACCACAAAACAAGAUCCUAGAGGGGCUGGAAAAAUUAAAGCACCUUGACUUCUUGCGGUAUCCUGUAGCCACACAAAAGGAUAUCGCCUCCGGAGCUCCUCCCUCUGUUAUAAAACAAACCAAGUUAAAACAAAGAACAGACAGCAAAGAGAGUCUCAAGUCGUCCCCGAAGACUACCGCGAAGGCCUCGAAGAAAGAAACCGAAGGACAAGAUGAUGUGUCAGCCGCCACAGAGGCGAAGAGCGACUCUGUCAAGGACAAUAUAUCGGAGAAAAAAGAGGAGAAAAAGCCCACUAAAACUAUCAAAUCUAAAAGUGAUAUGCCAGAAAAGAAAAAACUCCUGAAAGAGAAAUCUUUGAAAAAGCACCCGAAGGAAAGGGUGUCAAAAAUGGACGAGAAAAAGGACAAGGAAAAGAAAGAGAUCAAGAAAGUUAAGAAAGAUGACUCCGCUAAAAAAGAUGAAAAGAAAGAUGUUAAGUCCAGAGACGACAAAAAGAAGGACGCGUCCAAACCAGAGCUGAGGAAAAUGACAAAGCCUGACCUGAAACCGUUUACACCAGAAGUCAGAAAGACGUUACACAAAGCUAAAGUGUCAAGUAAAGCAAAGACUGGAAAAGUCAAAGCAGCAAAGGCUUUACCUGCUGAGCCGAAGCCAGAGGAGCCAAAACCUGAAACUAUUCAACCCGAACCGCUAGAGAAUGGAGCUGCUGAGGGCGCGUCAGUUUCCUCAACCCCCGAAGACCUCACUAAGGAUUUUGAAGAAAUGAAAAAAGCCGAAGUUGUAGCUGUAUCAGCAGAGCCUCCAGACAGUUAUGAGCCGACGGCACAAAGCCAAGAGACGCAGGAAGCACAAGAAACCGUAUCUGAAGUCCCACCUGGCACGAGGUCUCCAGAAAAGGAGGCCCCAGAAGCAAAAGUUGAUGACAAAGAGUUGACACGAGCGAGAGAAAUGGAAGAGGCUCAAAAGUUUGAGGAUGAAGGAGCAGCAUCUCAGGAUGAGGACGAGGCAGAGGAGGAAGAACAGGCCCCAGCUGCUGCAAAGAGAACAGAAGAGGAGGUGGAAGAAGAUAUGGGAAUAGGCGAAGAGGAAGAUGAGGCGAAGGACGACGGGCUUGACAGGAAACACGAGUUAGAAGAAAUGGAGAAAUCUGAAAUUGUCCUCGCUAAGGUUGUGAUGAAAGAGGAGCUACAAAUGAUUCCAUCCGAGGAGGAGGAGGAUGAGGCAGUGGAGAAAGCCGAACUGGAGGAGGUGGAAGACUUAGAUGUGAUAGCAGAUGAAGAGAUCAAACCUGAACAUGCAGCUGAAGAAGAAAUGAAAACCACUGAAAUUCUGACUGCAGCUGAAGAAGAAGAGGACGAGGAGGGCUACCUGUCGCAUGUCGGAGGGGCCACAGCUCCCAUAACCUCAGUAGCUCAAGGAGCCGCCGCAGCUGAACCCAUCUCCUACAUCCAAGACGAGACCAUCCCCGGCUACUCCGAGACGGAGCAGACCAUCUCUGACGAGGAGAUUCACGAGGAGGCUGAGGAGAGGAUACCGCACCUUCAGUACGACGUCGGCGCCUACGACAUCUCCGUUCCAGAUCAGACCGGAUCAUUCGUGAACAUUCACGGCAUGAGGGAGAUGCAAGCCGCGGCUAUGACGGAGAAAGGUUUCAUCCCCGGCGUGCAGGAGCAGGUGUCGGUGUUCACCAACAUCAUCACCGCUCCUCUGGCAGAAGAGGAGCACGUGUCCUCUGCAACGUCCAUCACAGAGUAUGACAAAGUGUCCUCCUUCCCAACUUCUAUCGCCGAAGACCAAUCCGUGGCAUCUGUCCCGGCGCCCGAGGAACCGCCCAAAAGCCCCGUUACAACUCCGCCUGACGCCAGUCAAGGCAAAGAGCAGCCGCUCUCUGCAGGAACUCUUUCACCACCUUCUUUAGAGGAAGACAAACAGGUCAAGUCUCCGUCUGAUGACUUACAGCUUCCUGUUGUGGAAAUGAAGAUGCCAGCGGAAGUGAAGAUGCCAACUAAAGCUCACGAUGAAGAGGAAGAGGAAGAAGAAGAGGAGGAAGAAGACCAAACUCCUAAUGUUGACAUUUCACUUGAGAAACUCCAAGAGGGCUAUGCUUCUUCCCAGUUAUUACAGGGUAAAGAGACAGAUGUUGAAAAGCUUGCCGGCUCAGUUUCUAUACAAGACACCAAACCAGUCCACCUACCAGUCGAAGAGGAAAAUAUAGAUGCUGUUGCACCUAAAGAUAUUUCAUCUGUUGUGCCUACUAGACCUUUCGGAUCAGACUCAGUGACUUCAGAGAGUGAAGAGCGCUGCUUCAGUCCGGAUGAUAUCACUGUGAAAAUGGCCUCCCCUCCGCAGUCCGGACCACCGAGUGCGGCUCACUCUCCUCUUCGUCAGUCACCAGUGGAAGACAAGAUGAAGGUCUUCCCUGAUAUGGAGGAGCUUCUCGACGUCGUCGCAGCAACUGAAGACAAAACUAAAAAGAAAGAUGAAGCAGAGACACAAAAAGAUGUCGACAAACAGAAAGCAGAUCAGCAUGAAGUAGAAGUUUCAACAUCUUUGGACGACAUAAAAGAGGUCCCGGUGAUGAAGGAGUCCGAAAAAGACACUUCGUCUGUGCCAAAAGAUGAAGGCAAGCAAACAAUCCCUGCUGCUGCUGCGUCUUUAACAGAAGUUCAGUCAUCUGGACAAAGUGAUGAAGAGGUUGACGACAGGCUCACAGAGAAAGAACCUAAAGCGCCGAUAACAGGUACAUUUCCAGAGAGUCGUUUUCUGGACGACGAUGAUGAUGAUAAGAAAGAUGAUGAUCAUGAUGAUAAAUCCGCUGUUAAAACCGUCAAGGCGGAACAGGCCGACACCACUGACGUCCCACAAAUCAAGGAUGAGCAAAAACAGAAAUCUGUCAUCCAGGAAGACGUUUGUGCCGUUACGUCCAUCACGGAUGAGAAAGCAGAGAAAGAGGCAGUAAAGGAUGACACCUCUGACAUGAAACCCAUCAAAGAAGAGCAAAUCACAGAGGACAUUUCCACUGCUGAUAGAGCCAUUGAAGACGAACAGAAAGAGCCUGAAAAGGACCACACUCCUGACAUCAAAAAAGAAGCAGAGAUUGAAAUUGUUGCUGCUGAGGUCAAACAAAUCAAAGAUGAGCAGAAGCAGAAAGAUGAUGAAUUUGACCUCAAAACCAAAGGUGAGGUUAAAGGUACUGAGCUUAAAAAGGAUGAUGUGUCUGAUGCGGAGGAGAAGAAAGAGACAGACAAGGGCGAUAUGUCUUUUAUUAGCCCUAUAAAGACUGAAGAGAAAGAGAUGGAAAAGGUCCACGUCGCAGAUAUCAAGCCUGUUAAAGACGAGAUGGAGAAAGAGGUAAAGAAAGACGAUAUGCCAAUUAUUGAGCCUGUUAAAUCCGAGAUGGAGAAAGAGGUAAAGAAAGACGAUAUGCCAAUUAUUGAGCCUGUUAAAUCCGAGAUGGAGAAAGAGGUAAAGAAAGACGAUAUGCCAAUUAUUGAGCCUGCUAAAGAUGAGAUGAAAAAGGAGACGGAAACAUCUGAUAUCAAAGUGAUUGAAGAUAAGAAAGAGGAAAAAGAGAUGGAAAAGAUAGAUGCUUCUGCUACCAAGCCCUCGACAGAAAAGGAGAAAGAAGUGGGUGACAUCACUGUUGCUAAACUCACCAAAGAAGAAGAAAUGAUUAGUAAGGUUGAUACUGUUACCAUGAAAGAAGAAAAGGGGCAAGAGAUUUGUAAAGAUGCUGUCUCACCCAUUAGCCUCGCUACGACGGAGGAAAAGGAUGCAACAGUGAGUAAAGAUGCUGCCAAACCAACCACAGAGCAAGAAAAAGAGACAAGUAAAGAUGAUAUUUCUGACACCAAACUUUCCAAGGAGCAGGAAAAAGAUGCAACGACGGCUAAGGAUGACACUUGCUUCCUCAAACCUACUAUAGAAGAAGACAAGAAGGAAGACAUAAGUAGAGACGAUACUGCUGCUAUAAAACCUACCAAGACAGAGGAAAAAGAUAAACUACCAACUAUGGAAGAUACUUCUGCUGUUAAACCAAAAGAAAAGGAACAAGAGGAAAGUAAAGACGAUGCUGCUGCCAUCAAAUUUACCAAGAUGGAGGAAGUAAAAGUAUGUAAAGAUGAUGAUGUAUCUGCCGCAUCAACCAAGCUAGAAGUAAAAGAGACGCUUGAUGAUGCCGUCAAACCAGUCGUGGAGGUGGAAAAAGGCCAGGAAGCAAAUAAAGAUAAAGAUGUCCCUUCUGCUGUCAAACCCGCCAAGAUGGAGGAAGAGGAUGUAAAGACGAGCGAAGAUAUUUCCGCUGUUAAAACAUCCACAGACGAGGUUGUUGCUGAACCCACCACGCAAAAGGAGAAAGAAAUCAGUAAAGAUGUUUGUGCCAUCACAUCAACGAUAGAAGAAACAGAGAAAGCAGUAGAUAAGGAGGAAACUUUCACUGAGGAAGAAGUGUCACUUCAAGAUCAAAGUGCUGCUAUCAAACCCAUCAAGGAAGAAAAAGACACAGUAAUAAUUAAGGAGGAACUUUUUGAUAGCAAACCUACCAAGGAGGAGGAAAGCAAAGAUACGGGUGGUGUAAAACCCCCAGCAGAUGAGGAGAAGGUAGAGAUAACAGAUGUUGUAUCUGAUGUAAAACUCAUCAAAGAGGAGGCAAAAGAAAGCCCAAAGGAUGAUAAAGAAAUGAAAGUAAAAGAGGAUGAAAUGGAGAAAGAAAAGUCUGAUUUUGUCUCCGUUAAGGAGCAGAAGGAUGAUGCUUCUGUCAAAGACAUGACGGAUGAAAAAGAGGUGGAAAAAAGUGACAUUUCUGACAAACAGAUAAAAACGCAGGAGGUCAAAGAGCAGGAGAAGGCUGAUAUCUCUGAUCACAAACCGAUUCUGGAGGAAAUUAAGGAUAAAGAAACUGAAAAAGAUGACACAAAAAAGGAGAAAGAAACAGAUUCCAGCGUUGAGCAACCCAAGGACGCGACAGAGACAUCUAAAGUUGAAACCAUCGAAGUCAAACAGGACGGUCGUGAAGCUGAAUCCAUAAAACAGGAGACAUUCAGCGCCAAAGAUGUGAAAAAAGGGACAGAUGAUUAUCCUUUUGAGCCUGAAUCUAAGAUGGACGAUAAAAAAGAUGUAGAUCUUCCCGUGGCUCAGACCUUGGAAGAAGAAAAAACUAAAAAAGAUGACAUUUGUGGCGUUAGUGAUAAACAUAUACAUGAAGAAACCUCUGAUAAGCUCACUGGAAAUCAGAAAGAGAAGGAAACUUUUGCCGCAACAUCAAUAGAGUUGCAACAAGACACUUCAAGUGAAGACCUGAAACCAGUGAAAGAUGACAUUUGUGUGUCUCCCAGCCUCAUCCAGGAGGAGAAAAAAGAGCAAGAUAAACAAACAACGGUGGUUGUUAGUCAAGAAGAGAAGAUGGAGAAAGAAAAAGACGACACUCAUGUUGCUGAACUGAGCAAAGAGCAGAAAAUGGAAAAAGAGCAAGAGAAAGAAUACACCUAUGAGACUGAUGACGCCAAAGAUGAGAAGGCAAAACCGGAAGAUGAUGAAAAGAUGGUGAAAGAAAAGGAUGUUGCUGACAAGAAGACGGAUGAGAUAACUGAGAAAGACUCCUCCGAUGCAGACCACACCAAAGAGGAGAAAUGGGAGAGAGAGGAGCUCCAAGAGAAGGACAUUAAACAACCAGGAGAAGCAGCAGCGGCGUCCAAGUCAGAUUACAAACCCGCAUUUGUGGUUCAGUCCUCUGAUGAAGACCGGGAAGAUGAAGAGGAGGAGGAGGACAUUUGUAUGGGAGGAGCAGGCUCCAGACCUUUAUCAGUGGAACCGAGAAAAUCAGAACAUGACAUCUCGUCUGCAGGUCUGCCCUCAUCCCCAAAACCACCGACAGCUGACCAAACUAAACCGCCAGUAUCGGAGCCGAUUCCAGUGAUCAUACCGACACUCACAAUGCAGGAGCCCUCUAUUGAUGAAGAGUCUUGCAAAGAAGAAUCCAGACUUUCACUUGAAGAUGUUGUGAAAACAGAAACCACAGCUGCACCACUCGCCAAGCCAGAGCCCUCCUUUGAUAUCGUCACAUCGAAGGAGGAGACUAUUCCCAAACAAGAAACAGCUUCUGACAUCCCGGCAGCUAAAGCAGAACCAGGGUCGGACUCAACUGAGAAAAAGCCUGUGUUGUCAACAGUAUCGAGCACCGACAGUCAAGCCAGGAGCUCUACGCUCUCGAGCACCGAGAGCCAGUCCAGCGUGGAGGAACCAACACAACAAGAGAAACCGACGAGCGAGUCGGGAGUCAGCGCUGCAGAAAAGACGAAGCCGGAUGAGAAACCAGGAAAGGAAGCAGAGAGGGAGAUGGAAGGAGAGCGAGAUUUGGCUUCUCCGGGAUUAACACAGCCUUGUUCAUAUUUUACGUUGGACUCUGAGGACGCCAGCCACACUGAUGUUGUAACUGCAAAAAUGACCCCAGAGAAGGAAACCGUCAGUGGAAGCCCCGGAGACGAAAAGCAAACCUUCGGUGCAUCCAAGUACGAUCCGUAUGAGAAGCCCAUUCCAAAGGAUCAUGACUUGGACUCUAGAGAAGAAAGCGAGGUGUCUUUAGGUUUCGAUCACGCCUCUGAUAUUGGCGUCGACGAUAACAGAAGAACAAGCCAGACAGAGGCCGGAGGAGCCAUGUUCCUCCUGGACGAUCAGUACAAAGAAGAGCCUCUGUCCUUCAGUAGAGUCGACUACAGCCCGGUGUCCCUCACCGAGAGCGAGAGAAGCAGCCACCACAGUCAAAGUGCCUCGCCUAGAUAUGAAGACAGAGAGAAAGGCCAAGAGGAAGAGAGUGAGCGAGAGGAAAGACCAGAUACACCUUAUGUUGAGAAGAGCUUUUCAUCCGUAGACAUGCAAGAUAACAAAAUGUCCCAGGCUGCUGAGUCUUAUUCCUUCAGUCCCAAAGAGGAUAAACCUGAGAAAUCAGAGAAGGAGAAAGAGGAUAUGAAGGAAGGGGCUGCAACAGGAGGACAAAGUGAAACGGUCUCUACCAGCGCUGCUGUUCAAUCACCAUCAUCAAGACAAGAGACACCCUCUCCGUCAUGGAGCCAAUCGGAUCUCGGUCAAGUUUCAGCUUCUCCCGUAGCUUUUGGGGAAUUCACAGAAAAGGAAACAACAGAAAAAGAGAAAUCUGCUGAGUCGCUCAAAGACAAAAUGACGUCCUCUGAUCAUGAAAGAGAGGGAUCUCCAUCUGGUCGGCAUUCACCUGCAGAAAAAGACAUUUUAUCUCAACAAGUGUCGCCUUUAGGGAAAGAAGAAAGCUCAAGUGACUCGAGGACGGCGUCUGCCGCCACGUUUUCAGGACGUGAAAUAGACGAUAAUGUUUUGGCGUCUGACAACAGUCAGAUUAGCAGCUCUGCCUCUUGUAAAUCCAUGUUAGACUUUCCCGAUGGAAAAGAGAGCCUGAUAGAUAAAAGGUUACUCGUAGAAGGGGAGGACUUCAAUGUUGAUGAUGAUGAUGAAGACGAAGAUGAGGACGAGGAGGAGGAAGAAGAGGAGGAGUUGAGUGAUGUAGAUAUGGAAAAGGGUGCCAGAGAGCAGUCUGAAAAAGAAACGUGCAGACGUGGCUCUGGUGAUGGCGCUACGUCAGCAGAGGUAGAGGACUCGAAUAAAAAGUCUCCUGAAUCAAGCUCCCUUAAAGAGGAAACAGUCUGUAAACCAACACCUGAUGAUGCUUCAGCUUCAGACAAGCAGGACGUGAGUAAAGAAACAACGUCUCCUGGAACAAAACCUCUCAAAGAAGAUGCUACAACCACAUCCAAACUUCCUGAGACAAGGAGUGAAGACGUCGGUGAAACAGCUCCAUCACCGGACCCAAGUGCUCACAGAAUUGACGACAGUGGUUUCGCUACAUCAGACGCUCCAAAACUUCCCGAAACAAAGAAAUCAGAGGACACAGACGAAAACUUCUUAUGUCCUCAACCAUCCACAAAGAGAAGGUUGUCAUCGGCGACGGAUUUCUCUUAUGAUCUAUUCCAGUCAAAACAAGGAGAUGACGACAAAGUGUCUCUAUCGCCAAGCUUUUUGGAAAAGGAAACCUGUCAACCAAUGUCCGCAAGCAGCUUGACGGGCAGCUACUUGCCACCUGACCCUUCAGAGUCCAGGACUACAUCCAGUCCCUCCCUUCCUCUAAGAGGUAGCUACGCCGACAUCGGACAGAGUAGAUCUGGAGGAUAUUCAGAUGCCUCCCAGCUACCCAAGCUAAGCGAUGAUAAAUAUCACAGCCAAAGAGACGUCCAAGAAGAAAGUCUAGAUGAGAGGCAGACCCUAGAUUUCACCCCAAGACAUGAAACUGCCUCAUCACCCUGCACAUACACCACCUUAACAUACUCUACUUCAACAUACUCCUCCACAUCGUACAGUUACUCGUCCUCAGCCUCAACUUCUGCCCCUUUGAGCCAACAGUUUGGAGACAAAACCUUCACAACGAUAUCGAGCUCUGCAGUUCCUCUAGCCAAAGAGGAGCCGUCGUUCACGACAGAGUCUACAAGCUCUUACUUUGGAGGGUUUCAGAGAGACGAGUACAUGGAGGUGACGACGAAACCUGCGACAAAAAUGUCUCUACCCAGCCAGUUCGAUGAGACCAAACCAUCAUCUCCAGUCUCCACUGCCAAACAGACUGAGGAUCAAAGCGGUUCUGCAAAGCCUGAAACAAAGUCAAGCACUGAUAGUUUUUACAUGCUAGAAACUAGGAUGACAACGUCCUCCGCAGCACCAUCUUCACAAAGCGUCGAACCAAUACAGGUGUCAGAGAGUUUAUCCACACUAGAGGCUCGCUUCGAUGUCUCUCCCCUCCAAAGGGCUGACUCCUCUGACAAGGCGUCCCAAGAGUCAUCGGAAGACGAGGAGCCUGUUACACUUGAAAUGGAGGACAGCGCCAUACCAUGUCGUAUUGGAUGUCAAAAAAUCGUGGCUGAGCAACAGGAGAGUUUUUCAUCAAUAACGGAGUCGUACGUGGUAGGAAGUACCACACAGUCCACGGAGACGAAGACCGUCACCGUCACCUCUACUGCUGUUGUGUCUAAACCUGAUGUGGUGAUGGAAACAACUCAACAAACCGCCUCGCUUACUUCACUGGGUGAUAGUGGAGCUAGCAAAACCACAUGUGCCACUACAGACGUGUCCAAAACGGAGGAGGAUAAAGAGAAAAAGGAGAAAACAUCGGAGGUAGAAGAGGAAAAGUCAAUCGGAGCUGUUGCACCUUUGAAAGAAGAUGCAAAGGAAAAGACUGCUAAAGACAGUGAAGACAAGCAGAAAAUAGAGGAAAAGAAACCGGAUGAAAAGUCGAGCAAAGACAGCGCGGAGGAGAAGAAAGCAACAGCUGAUCCAAAGAUGUGUGAAAAAGCCGAAGAUGGUAAGAAAGGAGAGGCAGAAAGAGUAGAGGAGAAGAGCUUGUUGGAGAAGCCAGCAGAGAGAUUAGAGGGGAGGAGAAGGAGCAGUAUAUCUGAUUGGGAGCUACUACAGAGGCCUGAAGACUGCCCAAGUGCCCCUCCUCCAGGUUAUGGUGAUGAUGAUGAGGAGGAUGAGGAAGCAAUGGAAGCGAUGGAAUGGAUGAGCAGUGUCCACGGCACCUCUAUGUCCUCCUCGAAAGACACCUAUCGCACAGAAACAUCUAGUCAAGGAGUGGUAAGGGCUGAUCGUCCCUCUGACUUGAACACCGGCGCCACCUCCUCCUCUUCCUCCCAUCCAGGCUUCUCCUCCUGCGAAUACAAACAUCGCAAAGGAGAGCUCUCGCCAUCGUUCAUCAACCCGAGCCCUCAUCAGCUCUCCAGUGACGAGGGCGAGGGCGAAGAGGACGGCCGCAGUGACCACUCCCAGGAAGGGGAUGAGGACGAUCAGGAGCAGCACUCUGUGAAAAGGAGGUCACACAAGCAGAGGCGCCCACACACUCAGAGUUCCCCGGGAGACGCUGGACAGGCGCCACAGCAGCUGCCCGGCGCCAUGUCAUCUGGUUUGGCUGUGACGUUAGCUGGAGAGGAAACGCCUCCGACAUCGGCGAGCGAGUCGUUGCCUUCACAGUCCGAUUCUGACGUCCCUCCAGAAACCGAGGAGUGUCCGUCAAUAACGGCUGAAGGAAAUCUGGACUCUGACGAAGACGCUGAACAUCUGCCGGUGGACAAAUUAUCCGGCGGUGGGGGCGGUCACCAUCCUCCAUCACCGAGGUCAGCUCAGAAGACUCAUGACCCCCCUCCCACCCCGAUGAAGGACCCUCAUCCCCACCCUCCACACCCGGAUGUGUGCAUGGUAGACCCUGAGGCUCUUCUCAACGACCACAGCAGCACAGAGAAACUUAAAAAGGAGCACAAGAACACCAAGGGCCUCAGAAAGGGCAAACCCAAGUCGGCCUCCCCGGCUCGUAAGGGUGAAGUCAGGAAGAGGUCCUCUACUCCAGUGAAGCAGACCUCCAAGGACUCCGCCUCACCUCGGUCCGCCUCCCUCAAGAGGAAGGACGCAGACCGGAGCUCCAGGCUGAUCAAGAUGUCUGAGAAUCAAGGCUCCAGGAGUGAGAUCCUCAACCCGGGGAAGGGCUUGGUCAACGGUGUCAAGAGCAGUUCAGGCAACAACUCCCAGAAACCCAGCUCAGCUGUACCUGCUGGACCACCCGUCUAUGUCGACCUGGCCUAUGUGCCCAACCACUGCAGUGCCAAGAACGUGGACCAGGAAUUCUUCAAGCGAGUGCGAGCCUCGUACUACGUGGUGAGCGGGAAUGACCCGGGUAGCGGAGAGCCCAGCCGUGGAGUCCUGGAUGCCCUGCUGGAGGGCAAAGCUCAGUGGGGCUCCAAUUUACAGGUGACUCUGAUCCCGACACACGACACGGAGGUGACCCGGGAGUGGUACCAGCAGACCCACGAGAGGCAGCAGGACCUGAACAUCAUGGUUCUGGCCUCCAGCAGCACCGUAGUCAUGCAGGAUGAGUCCUUCCCUGCCUGCAAGAUCGAGUUCUGAGCUUCACAAGCCCCGCUAUGCUUACUCCCCUUCCCAUCUUCCCCCUCCCUGUCAUCUGUUCUUACUGGAGGUAGAGCGACACCGAACAGCACUCUCUGCUUCUUCAAAGCGUCUCGUUCUCAUGGUACCCGUCUCAAACGCAUUCUGCUGCUGCAGCCCUGAAUACACUAGAUUCUGUUAGCUGAAAUCAAAGUCAAAGCUCUGGGUUUAUGCUCUCUGUGACAGUGGGGUUAUGACGCAAAUAAUAACGUACUUUUAUGUUUGUUUUCUUCUGAGUUAACCGUCUGCCCUAACACACCUCUUAUACUUACAAUUGUGGUAAAAAAAACAUUUUCUUUGCCUCAUAUCUUACAGACAAAUGGACAUCAUUAUCUCACAAAUGCCACAGUUAAACUACAGAUUAGUAGCCUGAGGUGUAGUUCUCAAACGGUUCGGCUCAAAUCACAAUUAACACGGGAAUUUAAUACUCCUAAAUGGCAAAUUCCUCAUCCAAAGUGCCAAAACACUGUUAAAACUGAAGUUCUUCAUAGUUAACUUCUCCAAAUUUAAUCAGUGAUCAAUAACUUGUUUAGAUUAUUUGCAGUAUUUUUUAGAAGAGUAGAUAUUUUUUCCAUUUAUUUUCCAUCUGUGCUCAUCCUUUGCAAUUCUGAUCACGCUACAGUAGUUUUUGGAUUAACUCAGUAAUAAUUUGAUGUUAUGUGAAAGACACAAAAAAAAAAAAAACGUCCCUUCUCGUCAUUUGUGGUGAAGUUUUAGGAGGUGCCUGAAGUUGCCACCGUUGGACAUCUUUCCUCUCGGCUUUCACAGCUUAGCUGGUGCAUGAUGCUUGCGUUUUAGCUCGGACUCUUAGGGUUAAGGGUUAAUCCUUUCUUUAGCCAGCCUUCACGUGUGGAAUGCAGUAAAAGUGUAGAUAGGUUACUACACUGUUUGGCUGUCUAUGCUCGAGUGAAUUUAAUAGGCGCCAGGCAAAAGGACGAUGUUUGUACACUAAUCAUAUCUCUGCUGGAUGUAAUGGUUCCUCUUUAAGUCUUUAUCAUGCUCUUUGUUGGUUGAAUGUACUCCAGUAUACAUUAUAGGGUAAAUGUUUCUAUAUCAAUACAGAAGUUACGUUAAAUAAAUUAUAUAUUUUGUGAUGAUGCAGCAAAUUAUGAGGCGAAUGCAGCGUUUUUUGAUCAUGCGUUUGAGAAGAAGGUUUAAUUAACGUUAUCUGUCAUUUCCUCUUGUUCAGCGACAUUUUACCGUCCGUCAAUAUCACAAAGCGAUGGGGGAAGAAAAAAACAAGCAGUGACCGGUGACAAAUGUAGCAAUGGAAGCUCGUCCGCUAGUGUUACGCCUGUGGGAACUGCAAUAUUUAUACAUUAUUGGGGUUAUUUUUCAGGAAAAAGUGUGAAGUGUGUUACAGGAGGCUUCUUUCAUGUGCCUUUAGAUUGUGGUUUUGGAGCGAGGGGGAUAUUUUGAGGACAUGUUAGCCAUUUAGAAGCGGAGCCAGGAACCAGGGUAAAACAAGUACACAACUUAUGAAAUAGAGGACCAAUCAGUUCACACAGUAUACGCACAACAAUGAUCCACACUCUUGAAAUAGUACACUAGAUAACUUUGGAGCGCUGUAAUCCAAAUCAGCAUUAAUUCCACAUCCUGAAAUGCCACUUUUCAAACGAAUAUGAAUGUCUUCGAGCAACGUGUUGCACUAAAUAGGAAUGUACUUUUUUGAGAGUUUAGAAGUCGGGUUUUUGUUUGUAGUUGAAGCACAGAGAGUGAGUGUGGUAGCAGAAAUAACUUUUCAUUGUAUUAUAAAAUAAUGUACGAGACGUUCCUACAAACUGAGCUUUCUGUUGAGCGAGGGACAAGACCUUAGUUGUGAAGCAAUUUACCUAAUAUUAAUCCCAGAGUAAUAUUUAUAGAAUGAGCAUGAAUGAUUAUGAUUGUACUGGACGCAAAUAUAAAGUAGGAAUG